AUGAUGAGGCUGGUAAUGGUUUCAAAGCCAUUUGUAUGCGUGUAUGCGGAAGGUUUAGGAAUUUCUGCAACGCUGCUCUUCGGUGUCUUCCGAUGUGAAGGGGAAAACAGUAGCAAUUCCCCAAAUUCCCCAAACCAGGAAAAUCAGAGCGCAUCUUUAAACACUUUUAAGGAAAUGAACAACCUCAGUUUCAAGAGGAAAAGAAAAAACCCUUCUGAUGUGUUACCUUUCAUUGGGUUAACACGUGCCCAUGAGCUGAACAGCAGCUGCUGCCAAAAUGGAAGAACCUGUUUCCUGGGGACUUCCUGCAUAUGUCCCAAGUAUUUUACUGGUAGACAUUGUGAACACGAUAAACGUAUCAGAUUCUGUGGGAUGGCGAGGCAUGGGGAGUAGACCAGGGAUGGUUGCCUGUUCUGCCAGUGUGUCCAUGGUGUACUUCACUGUUUUCCUCAUGGUUUGAGAGAUCGCUGUG